AUGUCUCUUUUUCCCUUUCUCGUGCUCUUAAUCCUAACCCUAUUUUCACCUUUAGGUGAUUCUCUUAAAGUUCCUUUCAGAGUCAACGAUUUGUUACCAGUUCUUCCCCCUGGGAUAUCAUGGCCUGUACUCAAUAAUUUCCAUAGUGCCGUUGAUUUGCUUCCUUCGUUUGUUGGAUCGGUGACUCCUUAUAACGGGUCUAUUGAAUGGAAAGGGGCUUGCUUUUUUGAUAAUCAAGCGAAGCUUGAGUUCACUAAUGGAGACAGAAAUGAUUCUGGUUUGGGUGGUGCCAUUCUCUAUCUCAAGACAGAGGAAGCACACAGCUGGACCUGCAUGGAUCUGUAUGUUUUCGCAACCCCGUACAGGGUUACAUGGGACUACUACUUCUCUGCACGAGAGCAUACCUUGAAGCUUGAUUCUUGGGAAGAGCCUGCAGAGUUGGAAUAUGUAAAGCAGCACGGAAUUUCUGUGUUCCUAAUGCCAGCAGGAAUGCUCGGUACGCUGCUUUCUCUAGUCGAUGUGUUGCCUUUAUUCUCUAACACUGCAUGGGGCCAGAAAUCCAAUUUGGAGUUUCUAAAGAAGCACAUGGGAGCUACGUUUGAGAAACGUAUUCAGCCUUGGCGUGCAACUAUUGAUCCUGCAGAUGUUCAUUCUGGAGAUUUUUUGGCUGUGUCAAAAAUCCGCGGUAGGUGGGGAGGUUUUGAGACACUUGAAAAGUGGGUAACUGGUGCAUUUGCUGGUCAUACAGCAGUUUGCUUGAAGGAUGAAAUGGGGAAUCUGUGGGUUGGUGAAUCUGGGCAUGAGAAUGAAAAGGGUGAAGAAAUAAUAGUGGUAAUUCCAUGGCACGAAUGGUGGGAGUCUGCUCUUAAAGAUGAUUCCAACCCACAGAUAGCGUUGCUUCCCCUGCAUCCAGAGUUGCGUGCAAAAUUCAACUCCACUGCAGCAUGGGAGUAUGCGCGGAUCAUGUCUGGCAAGCCAUAUGGUUAUCACAAUAUGAUAUUCAGUUGGAUUGACACAGUAGCUGACAACUAUCCUCCUCCUCUUGAUGCUCACUUGGUAACUUCUGUCAUGUCUAUGUGGACAAGGAUGCAGCCAGCUUAUGCUGCAAACAUGUGGAAUGAAGCACUGAAUAAGCGGCUAGGGACCGAGGAUUUAGAUUUACAUGACAUUCUACUCGAGACUGAGAAGCGUGGGAUAACUUUCGAUGAAUUGCUUGCCAUUCCAGAACAAGAUGAUUGGGAAUAUAGUGAUGGCAAGUCAACAACAUGUGUGGCAUUUAUUCUUUCAAUGUAUAAAGAGGCUGGAAUUUUCGGUUCCAUUUCUAGCUCUAUUCAAGUAACUGAAUUCACGAUUCGCGAUGCAUACAUGCUUAGGAUUUUUGAAGAUAAUCAGACACGUCUACCAAGAUGGUGCCAAAAUGAGAAUGACAGACUUCCAUUCUGCCAGAUUCUUGGUGAAUAUAGGAUGGAAUUUCCGGGCUACAAUACCUUGGAUCCGUAUGCUAAUAUGAAUGAGCAUUGUCCUUCCCUUCCUCCAACUUAUGAUAGGCCUUCCCAAUGUUAG